CAAACGAAAGCUAAAGACAAAAAGAAACCAUUCUGUCCCUUUGGCAAAGACUGUUUCUAUCAACAUUUGAACGACGAUGGAACACCCUAUAUUUUCGCCGACGGCGUUGACGUUUCCAUCGAGCAUCUCAGUAUCGCAACCGCCGUAAUAUAGAUGUUACCGAGGACAUGCUUAAUGAUAUCUUUGCCGGCGUCAACGAUGGAAGACUUCGAAGCCCUUUCGAUGUUGUUGGUCGAUUCCUCGAAAACUCCCGUGCUACCCACUUUUCUACUGCUUUUGCAGAACUUUUCCAGGGGAUGGUGCUCCGGAAUCCAGACGAUUUGCAAGAUGGUGAAACGCUGCUCAACUCUGAUGGUUCUCGGCCGAUUGUCAGUUGGCCACUGGAUAGUCAUCUUAACACCGCUGGUGGUGUUCGGGUCACUUUGGACAGUAUGGGUGACCAAAAUCGUACUGGAGACAUGCCACCUAUGGAACCUAUCAACGACCCACGUCAAGCUUCAGGGCAGACUUCUUCGCCGUCCAGGCGUGUUAGAGGUACUAUCGGCGACGCUGCCGAGUCAGACGAUUCUAUGCCUUCUCUCAACGAAGUUAGUGAUAGCGAUGAUGACUCUCUCGAAUGGUCUGACGACAAUUCUGAAUAUGAGUCUAAUACCCCCUUUACAUUUUCCUCUGCAACUCAUCCUUCGCCUCGGGCACAAGAGCCUCGUGGCCGCUUUCCAAGAGCGAUCCUCGUUCCUAGACGGGGUGUUAUCAGACCUAGGUAUUUACAAAGAGGAACAAUCGCCGCCGGAGGCAUCGUCGAUCUCAUCCCAUCCACCUCUACAUCUUCAUCUGCGCCUCGUCCUCCUACAUCAAAUAACGAUCUACUUCCUCUUCAGUCUGUGUCUAGAUCGGAAAAUGACGGAUACGAAAAAGAGGACGAGGGCGAUACUCACCACUCUGAAGAACAUCAACACGAAGACGAAUUCCACUCUGACCGUAUACAUGCUACGGCCGAUUUAAACACUAAUGUGAUGCCUCCAUUGGAACGAAUAAAUGAGGGAUCAUAUCCUCAGGGUGUAACUGCUUCAAGAUUCGAUCCUCAGCCAUUGUACGAAACUCUAAUCCCCUCAGACAUAGCAGCCGGUGCUGGCGCCCCUGAUGCACCAGAGGCUGACGACGAACGGCACGAUAUGCUAUCAGUGCCUCCAUUUACGACUGACGGACGUGGACGAGUAAUCGCUGCCAGUGAUGAGGACGCGAGAGAUGCACGGUCGCUUUUAACAAGGAUGUUUGGCACAUUAUGCUAAUACUCGAAGGUUGUAUCUCUAGAAACUUUGUAUUACUAUCGUAUCUUUACACAAAAAUCGUGCCCCAUACUGGGGCCAAUAUAUCGGGUACAUAUGUUUAAUUAUUGCUGUGUACAUGUGUACGACUGACUCUCUCAUUCUGCCCUGGACCUGGUCAGAAAUAAACUGAGCAUUUAGUUCUAAAUCUAGGCUCUUCCGUGGACCCCGUGCGGCACCGUGCAGGACCGUCUGGGUUGAUCUUGUCAAACCAA